AUGUCCGGUGCUUAUUCAUUUAGUCUAACUACUUUUUCCCCUUCAGGGAAACUACUGCAAAUUGAGUACGCCAUGAAUGCAGUUAAGCUGCAAGGUAAAAUCGCUUUGGGGUUACGAUGCAACGAAGGUGUUGUUUUAUGUGCUGAAAAAAAGAUAAAUGACAUUUUGAUGGUUGGCGACUGUUUCCACAAAAUAGUCAUGCUUUCAGAUCAUAUAGGCAUGACGUUUUCUGGGAUGCCAGCUGAUUUCCGGGUGCUCGUCAACAGGACCAAGCUAAUUUGCGAAUAUUACUUUUUAAAUUACGCCGUACCCAUUCCAGUUAGCGAGCUAGCUAGAAAACUAAUGUUGAUAAUGCAGGAGUUUACUCAGUCCGGUGGUGUUCGGCCAUUUGGAUGCUCACUGCUCUUAUGUGGUUAUGACCACGGGGAAUACAGCUUUUAUCAAGUAGACCCCAGUGGAAUUUGCUUUCCGUGGAAAGUGACAGCGAUUGGAAAAAACUCAGAACAUAUAGAAUCGUUACUACAAAUAAGAUAUAAAGAAGACAUGAGCAUCGACGACGCGAUUUCUGCUAUUGUGUUAACAAUGAAAGAAGCUGCAGAAUCGCAGGUAAAUGAAAACAACAUUGAAAUCGGUAUCUGUCGCGACGGGAAAUUCACCACUGUCGAUCCGAUUGACAUAAAAGCACUAAUUGAAGAAAGUAUUUACUAA